AAAAUCUAUGGUUUCAUAGAAUUCAACAUGGUAUCAAAGCUAAAAGAUCCCCUCUUCCCUUUUGUUCAUUAACGCAAGAAAAAAACCCUGCGGCUAGGGCUUCUGCCCUCUGCCGAUUCCUCCUGCUCUUCCACCGAAGCUUCCUCUUAUCCAUCACCAUGUCUUCGCCGUCCACCGAUCCUAUGGAUCGACUUCCUACGGGUCUCAAGUUGUUCAUCCGGAAUCUUCAAUCUCUCACUCCGACGAAGCUUGAUGAUUCGAACUAUCCCUCUUGGUUAGCCACCAUUAGAGCUAAUCUCAUGGCUCACCGUCUCCUUAGUUACGUUGAUGGUACAGGACCGGCGCCUCCCUCCGUCAUUCUUGAUGGCAAAGCCACUGCUUCGGGCAAGGAGGAUCCUCCAAUUAUGAAGGACAAUCCGGCAUAUGAAACUUGGAUGGUCGUUGAUGCCCAGAUCCGUGCAUGUUUAUUGGCCAUCGUUUCCCCCACUGUUCAAACACACAUUCAUGCUCUUCCCACAUCUGCAACCAUAUGGACUCACCUUGAACAAAGGUAUAAUUCUCUAUCUCGCACCCAUAUUUUCAAGUUGAAAGAACGUCUCCACAAUCUUCAAAAAGGGAGUGAUUCCAUGCAAACCUAUCUUGACAAUGUCUUGAAUAUUGUUUCCUCCCUUACUCUGGCUCAUGAAAAUAUCUCGGACCAAGACGUCAUACUAUGCAUACUCUGUGGACUGCCAACAGAUUAUAGUUCCUUGAAACAGAACAUUCGAACCAAUAUUGGGAAUGUCAAUUUGAAUCAAGUCUCGGCAUGGCUUCUAUCGGAAGAACUCAACGUCAAUCUUAAGAAACAAUUACAAAUAAUAGGUUCUGCCUCGUCAUCUCCUUCGGAAAUUCACAACGCCCUUUUCACAUAUUCUGGCCAGGGUAAUUUUCGCGGCCGGGGACGCGGUGGUUACUGCGGCAGGGGCAGUUCUCGAGGCGGAGGUACGUACGGCGGAAGGGGCAGCCGUCCUCCUAGUCACCAGCGGGAUGAUCACCGUGGUAGAGGGGGGCCACGGCUUGGUCCCGUCACUUGUCAGCUCUGUGGGAAGCCAGGUCACGCGGUCUGGGAUUCUUGGCACCGCUUUGAUGAGUCCUACUAUGGUCCUUCCCAGGCAUACUACACCACUCAGUCCACUGACACCAAUUCGAAUUGGCAUCUGGAUACAUGGGCAAAUGCUCAUGUGACUUCUGAUUUAUCUCGUUUGCAGUCCUCUUCACCAUAUCAAGGCACCAACUCUAAAACUACUGCAGGAGUGACUGUGCUGAAAGAGACAUCACCAAAGAAGCUGUGGGAAACGUUGAAGAGCAAGUUUGCGUCGAAGACACUUACUAACCGGUUGAUGAUGAGGAUGGACUUGUACUCACUGAAGAUGGAAGAGGGAGGUAGCGUAAUUAGUCACAUCAACAAGUUUAAUGAGCAAGUAUCAAGGCUGUUAAAUGCAGGGGAGACUAUCAAGGAUGAAGAGCAAGGGCUGCUUCUACUGGCUUCACUACCAAAAUCCUUUAAGCCGUUUGUGCAGUCAAUGAUAGCAGGAAGGACUACACUGCGGCUAGAUGAGGUGACGACUGCCUUGAAGGAGAGCCAAAGGAUGAUGGGAGGUGAAGAGUCUUCCGGGGAUAGUCAUUUACUAGCUGCUGUGAGUGUUGAGAAAGAGAGGAAGAAGAAGAGUGACCAACUUUGGAGAAGAUCUCAUCUGAGAGACAUGAGCACUGUUAGGUGCUAUUACUAUGAAAAGUUGGGUCACACGAAGAACGGUUGUCCAGAACUCAAGGAGGACUUGCAGAUCCUAAAGGAGAAGAAGGGCAAAUCGGAGGAAGCUUCUUCCGCAAAUGUGAUCACUUAUGAAGAUGAUCUCUUCUGAAGAUAAGAGUAGGCAGAAUGAUUGAUUGGCAUGUUCCUGGCAGCAGAAGGGGCGAGACUAUCGUGGUGGAAUUUGUGAUUUUAAAAUAAAUAAUUGUGUUGUUAUUAAACAUGGUUUAAAUUGCUUCCGCACUAUUGUUAAACACUCCGUAUUUUGCUACAGUUAUGUAUUAAAUAAUAUUUAUGAUAAAUAAAAGUAUUUUGAAAUG